AUGGGCUACAGCUUGAAUCGAGCUUUCUUUCUCCUCCUCCUGAGUACUUUGUCUUUGGUCAAUGCCACCUGCCAUGUGCAUACUCCGGCAUAUCCGUCCCCAAAUUAUACCAACCCAAGUGCGGACUUCCGGAAGGCUCUUGACUCCAUCACUGAUGCCAUACGAGCUGUGGCCAAUGACCAAACCUUCAACACAUCAUCCUUCUCAAUUGAAAUUACAUCCGAGAGUUCAACGCUCUACACGGCGUAUCAUACUGCACAGGUCAAAGACUCUUCUCGGCCGGGGGCAGAGGUAAUCAACGGCGACAGUGCAUACCGCAUUGCCAGCAUAUCCAAGACAUUCACCGUCCUGGGUUUGCUCUAUCAGCAUGCAGCUGGGAACCUCAGCCUUGAUGAAUCAGUUGCCACCUACCUCCCAGACUUGGUCAGUUCUCAUCAACAUGUUCUUCCUUGGGAAGACAUUACUCUUCGUACUCUAGCAAGUCAACUCAGUGGACUUCCUCGCGAUUUCUCUCAAGGUGAUCUCGUACAGGGACUUCCAAACCCCCUCGAAUAUGGAUUUCCACCAGUCAAUCUCUCGGGACUUCCACAUUGCAACGCCUUUGGCAAUUACACUCCUUGUAAGCCCAUCGAUCUUUAUACCUGGCUCAGCUCAAGCACACCCGUCUUUGCCCCAAAAUACAAGUCUACUUACUCGAAUAUUGCAUUUGACCUUCUCGGUCUCGUCCUCGCCAACGUUACAAGUUCAUCCUUUGAGGACUAUAUUCACACUGCAAUCCUUGACCCACUGAACAUGACCCUUUCUUCCUUCACGCCGCCGCCUGACUCCUUUGCCGUUCUCCCAAAAGACAACCGGGGCUUCUGGGAUGUGGACCUCGGAGUUGAUAACCCUACUGGCGGGUUAUACGUUUCCGCCUCAGAUAUGUCCAAAUACCUCCGUUAUAUUCUCACCCAUUACAAUGGUAUUACAAACGCCCUCAACUGGUUCCAACCCGUCUCUUUCACCCAAGGUAUCUCAUCGUAUUACGGCAUUCCCUGGGAAACUUUCCGCACUGACAAAAUCCUUCCCGACUCACGUCGCCCUGUGACAUUCUACACCAAAGGUGGGGGCCUCCCAGGAUAUUCGACCUUGAUCCUGUUGGUUCCAGAGUAUGCACUCGGCAUCACGAUCCUCACCGCCGGCAAUCCAGGUUUCGUCCCUCCACUAAACAACAUUGUGACAACCAAACUCAUCCCCGCGGCCGACAAGCUGGCACAAGAACAAGCCCAGCAUAGAUACACUGGCACUUAUCAUUCCCAUAACAUCAAUACCACCCUGGCCAUCUCGCACGACUCCGCCCGCGGCCUUAUGGUAUCGAACUUUAUCUCCAACGGCACCGACACACUCUCUUUUGUCAUAAACAGCCCUUUGGUCGGCACAGCAAACGUCUCGCUGCAACUCAUCCCGACUGGUCUCUACCAUGAUGAAAAGACCAAACACGGCGAGAUAUUUACAGCCGUUUUUGAUGUUAUUACACCCAACUCGGAGACCAGCGGUAAUAUCUGGGACGACUUUUGUAUCAAUGAUGUUAGCCCAGCCAUGUACGCUGGUAAACGCCUGGGGGAAGUCAUAUUUUGGGAUUUGGAUCCAGAGACUGGCAAGUACUCAGGUGUGCAGAUGCCAGCAUUUAGGGUCUGGCUCCAUCGUCAGGGUGAUAAGGAAUCGGACUCGGAAACGAUGCUUGUACAGGAUUUGUAA